AGAAGGAAUAAUACUGAUGAGCAUCAGGGCAUCAGAUUUUACUCCCAUCUGUGCAUUAUGUAAAAACAGUUGACAAACAGGAGGAAGGUUAAAAGGCCAUAAAAAAAAGUUGUGGCAUUAAUUUUAAUGAGUCGAAAGUGUGUUUUCUGUGUGUGCGCGCGAGACAGGUGCGAAUUAAAGUCAUCUACAGCGUUACAGUGUUGCAAGGUCGCGUGUAUAAAUACAGAGCGCGCGCGCGGCUCGUGACGUUCCACUUGUUCGGUGUUACAGCCAUGCAGAAAGACCCCGGAGCCCGAGACAACAACAACAACAACAACAACAGCCCCACUAGGGACUUCUUCAUGUGGCAUGAUUAUCUGGGGCUCAGAGCCAUGGUGACGCGUCUGGCACGCGCAGGAGACGUCCAGCGGCUCCAGUCUUCAUCACGUGACUCGUGGACCGGGUCCGAGGAGCCGCCCUGGUGCCCUGAUGUCACCCCGGGAUCUUCCAGCGGACGUCGGUCUCCAGAAAGCCAGGGAUCUGUGCAAAACACAGAGAAAAGCGUGUGUGGCUUCUGCAAGCAGAACGGAGAAAGCGCAGAGAUCUACACGAGCCACCGGCUGAAAGCGCGCACCGGGCGGGUGCUCUGUCCCGUGCUGAGGAACUACGUGUGUCCGAUCUGCGGAGCCACCGGGGACACCGCGCACACACGUCACUACUGCCCCUCGCGCGCGCGCGCACCGCUCUGACGUCACCGCCCCGUCGGCUCGAGCUACCUGAAGUGUAGGACGUUCAUUAACGAGGUUUCUGUUCAAACCGGUUCCGCGUUCAACGUGUAAACGUGACUUAGUUUAU